UCACAAGAAAGCUUAGAAAAGAAGAAUUGAGAGAAUUAAUUAAGAGUGAUGGCUAGCUUCAUAGCUUCUCGUUGGAGAGAAUUAAGUGGUGAGAAAAACUGGAAGGGGCUAUUGCAUCCACUUGAUCUUGAUCUCCGCCGCUACAUUAUUCAUUAUCUUCAAAGGGCUGGAGCUGCUGGAGAUAUCUUCAAUGACAACAGGGCAUCUAAGAGUUUCGGACUUAGCCUAUAUCCACCAGAUGAAUAUUUUUCUAGGGCUGGCCUUGAAAUUGGAAAUCCAUACAAAUACCGAGUGACCAACUUUAUAUAUGGCGCUGCAGAUAAUGAGUCCGAAUACUUUGGCUUUGUGGCAGUGGCCACAGAUGAAGGAAAGUCUGUUCUAGGAAGGAGGGAUAUUCUAGUUUCGUGGAGGGGAACCGUAACGAGCGCUGACUGGAAUGAAGAUAAAAACUUCUUUCCAACAUCAGCUAAAGAAUUAUUCGGAACUGACUCAGCUCAGGUGCACUCUGGCUUUCUCUCCAUUUAUACAGGGAAACUGGCGGAUUCUCUUUACAGUAAAACCAGUGCCAGGGAUCAGGCUCUAAAGGCGGUCCAGGAUCAGGUUGACAAAUACCAGAAUGAGGAAGUAAGCAUAACUGUAGCAGGCUAUAGCCUAGGCGCCGCACUUGCAACCCUGAAUGCUAUGGACAUAGCUGCCAAUGGUUUUAACAAGCCAACAGGCAACUCGGCUAAGUCAUUCAUGGUCACAGCUUUUCCAGUUGCCAGCCCUCGCGUUGGGAAUCAAAAAUUCUUGGAAAUAUUUAAUGAACUUGAGGAUCUUCAUCUCCUACGCAUUGUGAAUUCCACAGACCACAUUCCUACGGUACCAGUUGGAUUUGGCUACACCCAUGUGGGAGAAGAAUUAGGAAUUGACACAGUGAAGUCAACGUACUUGAAAUCGAAUGCUGAUCCACACAACUUAGGUGUUUACGGGCAUGGAGUUGCAGGGGUGCAAGAAAAUGGAGAAUUCAAAUUGGAAGAGGAACUUGAUUUUGACAAUGCAACCGUAAACAAGCAUGGUGAUUGUUUACUGGACAGAUAUAAAACUCCAAUUGAAUGGUGGAACAAUGAGAAGUUCAAGGGCAUGGUUCAGAUAGAUGACGGUCACUGGAAGUUCGUUGACUCUGCUUAUGUGCCAGAUCCUCCAAGUGCUUGAUCAUGGCAAAUGCUCAAAGUCUUUUACUCUUUUUAAAAUGUAAUCAAAUAAAAGUGUGUUGCUAUCUCGAAAAUAAGUACCUCUACUUACAGAGCAGUCCAAGUGGAGGGGUGAAUUUGUGGUUUUUUUUUUAAAUAAGUUGGACAUUAGGGCUAGUUUGUGAACAAUAGAUAGUUAAUAUGUCCAAGGUAGCUGCGUUGUCUGUACUUUGUGUCAUAUCUAUGGUGAAUGAUUUCGAUUUCUAUAUCAUAAGUAAUUUAGCAAUA